AGGGUUGCAGUCUUAAAUCCACUUCCACAAGCGUCACAUAUUCGACCCGGAAACCGUGCGUGUUGCGGUCAAUAUUCCGAGGUGUUCCCUGUUUCUCAGAUGAACUAACCACGGCAACAUGUCGGAGCUACAAUUGAAGCUAGUCAUCAGGGUAGCUUUCUUCGAUCUUCUUCUUCCUUUGGCUUCAGCCGACUGUGUUGAUUUGGAUCUGGGAAUGGGAAAUGGAAAAAUUUCUGACGAUGAAAUAACUACGUCAUCUCAACAAAGUGCCAACACACCUGCCAAGAAUGGUCGACUGAACUACACAUCAGGAUCAUCAUGGUGUGCAGGAACAAGUGACACUAACCCAUAUCUACAGAUUAAUUUGCCAACACUUUAUACCAUCUGUGCUGUGUCCACUCAAGGGAAUUCUGAAGCAGAUCAGUGGGUGAACACCUAUGCACUACAGUUAUCUACAGAUGGGACAACUUGGACUGACUACAUAAAAGGUGGAAAAGUUAAGACCUUUCAGGGAAAUAGUGACAGAGACUCUGAGGUAAAACAUGUUCUUUAUGAAAGUCUCGAAGCACGCUACAUACGAAUAUUUCCAAAAGCGUACCAUGGUGCCAGGUGUAUCAGGGUGGAGUUGUUCGGUGUCAAGCGAAAACCAGUGAAUUUUGCCCUUAGGAAGCCCACUCUUCAGUCAUCGACAUUCAACAAUACUCAGUUGGGUGUGUCAGGUGUGUCAGGGAAAGCAGUGGAUGGUAAUUCUGACACAGAAUUUAGAAAUGGAAGCUGUUCACAUACUCAGGCAAACAAUCCUAGCUGGUGGAGGGUUGACCUGGGUCCAGAUAAGGUGGCAGUCUCUGACAUAUUCAUAGUCAACAGAAUUUCAACAUCUCCCGUGAUUGCUAGAAAUAGAAACUAUAACAUUACAUUGGGUGACAACUCAGAAGUAGUAAACAACCUUCAGUGUAAAGGACUGUACAGUUUUGUUAACUUCACAGCAUCAGCUGUUUGUUUCACCAACCCACUGACAACUGGCAGAUAUGUUGGGAUAUUAACCACAAAGCAACAUAGUCUUCAACUCUGUGAAGUGGAAAUCUAUUUGCGAGAUAAUCUUGCAUUUAGAAAACAGACAAAUCAAAGUAGUGUACAGUAUGGUGGUGUAAGUAGCAGGGCAGUUGAUGGUAUAAGUGACACAAGCUAUCAGGCAAGAAGCUGUACCCACACUCGCAGAGAAGACAACCCUUGGUGGAGAGUUGACCUGGGACAGGUUGAACCAGUUUCAGAAGUAUACUUAGUCAACCAAGCAGAUGAAUGGUUUUUCAGACAGAAUAAUUUUGAGAUCAGAGUGGGCACAGUAUCUGAUAAUGGAGGGAUUACCAAUCCCAGGUGUGGUGAUAAGGAGAAUUAUAGUCUACCACAAGGAGAAGGUGUAUCCUUUUUCUGUCGUCCUGUUUUAUUUGGAAGAUAUGUGACAAUAAGAAGUUUGAGAACCGACAACGAACACUUCACCCUCUGUGAAGUUGAAGUUUAUUCUGAAAGGAGAGCUUGCCAAAUGCAAGCCAUUGGUGUGGCUAGCAAUGACACACUCCCUGAUGCCAGCUUCUCAGCAUCAAGUGGAGAGAGCAAUUUUGAAGCUUUUAAAGGUCGACUAAAUGCAAAUAGGGCAUGGAGACCCAGCGGAAAUGACAGACCUGAUGAUUAUCUGCAAAUUGAUCUGCAGUAUGAGUUUCUUAUUUGUGCUGUAGCUACUCAAGGAAGGUCAAAUUUUGAUGAUUGGACAACAGAGUACAAGUUACAGCUAUCCUUUGACGGUUCCACUUUUGUGACCUACAAGGAAAACAAUGUUGACAAGGUUUUUAGUGGCAAUUCUGGAAGACAUGAUAUUGUCAAACAUAAUCUCAGAGACGUGAGGGCAAGGUUCAUCCGUUUCCAGCCUGUCAAGUUUCAGAGAAGGAAAGCUUUGAGAGUAGAGGUGUAUGGAGUACUUAUAUCCAAAGUGCCCUCACAAGCACCCAGUAACUUGACUUUAUCUGCAAGCUCUUCUACAAGUAUUACAGCAUCCUGGCAGUUACCUCCUGCAUAUUCCAGACAUGCCAACAUCACAGGAUUUAAAUUGUUCUACAAAAAGAAAGGGUUUAUGGAGUCAAUGAAUGUGUCAACUAUCAAUGGUGGAAUCACCUUUUCUAGAGAUAUUACUGGUCUGGAGAAGUACACAGAAUAUGAAUUUCAAGUGCUGGCUUUUACAUCUCAUGGUGAUGGACCAAAGAAUUCUGUUGUGGUGGAAAGAACAAAGGAAGAUGUCCCUUCAAAACCUCCUGGUGGCUUAACUGUGGCAGCCAGCAAUUUUACCAGUGUUUUAGCUACGUGGCAGUUACCACCUGAAGAGUCUAGACAUGGAAUUAUCAGAGGAUAUAAACUGUUUUACAGAGAUGCAAAUGGUGACGUGGACUCAACGGUCGAGCUACUCAUCCAUGAUGCAGCAAUUCGGUCCACAUCCGUCACUGGGCUACAAUCUCAUACAGAUUAUGAGUUUCAAGUUUUAGCCUUCACAUCUGUUGGUGAUGGACCAAAGAGUUCUGUGAAAGGCGUAGAAACAACUUUAGGUGCACCCGGUCCUCCUGCUUCCUUCAAUCAUACCCUUAAAACACCAACUGAGUUGCGGGGACCAAUGAUAACUUUAUCCUGGGCAUCACCUUCACUAUCAAAUGGAGUUAUUAGGAGCUACACCGUGUUUUACCGCCACAGUGAAGAUCCACAUAAUGUUCACCAUCAGAGAUUUGGACCAGAUGUGUUUAGUCACACAGUUGAUGUGUUGGGUGGAGUCACCUAUUGGUUUGAGGUCAGAGCUGAGAUCAUACAACCUGGAAAAAAUGCCUCUUUAACUGUUGAUGUCCCAGAAUAUAAACCAAGGGGUGGCCCAGCUAAUGUAUCAUCUUCUGAGGUGAACAAAACCACCUUUAACAUUUCAUGGCCAAUUCUAUCAAGAGAACUGAGCAAUGGUGACAUCAUUCUGUAUAACGUCAAAGAAGAAUUGUUGUCUCGGGGAACACGACAGAAAAGAGCUUCUCUGAGCAGCAAAACAGUUAAUACAACAAAUACAUUCAUUUUAUUGAGUGGAUUAUUGCUUUGUUCGCAAUACCAAGUGUCUGUUCGAGCUUAUACCAAAGUAGGACCCGGUCCAUAUGGUCCACCUGUAGAACUACCGAGAACAGCAGGCCCAGGAACGCCUUGGGGGUUAACUGCAACAAACGUUGGAGCAACCCAAGUGACGCUGGAAUGGAAAGAACCAGAGCUCAUGACAAAAGAAGGCCUCAGCUAUAGAGUGAAGUAUCACGGAACAAAGCCUUACAAUGGAAGCUUUAGAGAGGAAGGUGUCCAAGACGUUGACAGUACCACUUCCUAUACUAUGAAAGGUUUAACUCCCGGUUCCACGUACGAGUUUCAGAUUAUCGUACGCUCCGUAUGUGGACUAGGAGUGGGCAAAGAAUUUCCUGAUAAAGUCGAAACAAAGAUAACAGGUAAAAUUUGA